AUGGACGCAAACGCGCUCGAAAAGAUGAACGAUUUCUUCGAUUUUGCUGCACUUGAUGAGGAUUCUGGGCUCGACCCGAUGUGCAGUACAGAUGGGAAUCAUGAGCCUUUGUUCCCCACAGACCACAUCGCGACCAUGGACUGGGCCGUUGACCCCGCCGUCACUACUGGUUAUCUGGAUAUCACUGGACAUUACGACAUGCACUUACACAAUGCUCCCCAAAAGCAAGACUACCAGCAGUGGUCGAUACUCGCUCACACACCCCAAUCGAUACCGUCUAUUGAAGAUGCAACUAUGACCACGAGAGCAGGGUGCGAAUGGCAGGCGGAUACUUAUACGUCUGGAAUGGAUCACAUGUCUCAUUGCGAGCAACCAAUCCCCGCACACGCACCUUCUUCAUCAUUUCUCAUGCCUGCAGAAUCAGCCGUUUCCCGUGACGAUGAUGAAGGUGACCUGGUUGGCACAAUGGACGUACGUGUGUCUCCUGCAGCGCACGGCCGAUCAAUAGCCGAAUCUACGGUCAUACUUGAUGUAGGACUACCACCAACCAGACCUACUGCACCACUUCGUCAGGCCUCGACUGCAAGCUGGAAGCCGGCGUCAGCGAAGCGCAAAGGGCCUCAGAGUCGUAUUCCAUUUGAAGCCAGACAAAUACUAGAAGAUGAGUUUGCUGCUAACCCAUACCCCCACAAUUGGGAGAUGGACAUCAUUGCCCACCAAGCAAAUCUAGAUGUGAAGAAGGUUCGCAACUGGUUCAAUAAUACUCGAGCGCGGAAAAAGGUUGGAGAUUCUCAGUCUGUUAUGCAGGAUGCGCCAGAUACUGGCACACCUGUGCUGAAAACCAAGCUGUCAAAGGAUAGUCUAGACACCCUAGACAAGCAAGUUGAUGGCACUACACAGCCACCUCAACCACCUUUGGCAGUGUACCUAGCCCAGUCCUAUCAAGAGGAGGCGGUUGAGCUAUCUGCAGUACAUGCAGCAAUCGAGGGUGGCUCGCUCAGUGGAAGUGGUCAAGACGACGCGUGGUCCGAUUCGAGACAAGGCAGGAGAGGUUCAGCUAUCACAUCAAUUGCUUCAUCUGAAGGUACCGCGCCGACAACAUACACGGUGUCUUCCAGUGGAAGUCGGAGUAAUAUAUCAUCAUUUGGCCGAGACAGAAGACGAGGUAGACGCCGCAUGGCAUGGAAAGAAUCACCUCGACAGGCCAUCAAUGGUGUCAAUAGUGCUGGAGAGCCUCAAAAGGACUUGCCAUUUUUCUGCACGUUCUGUCCUCGGGCAUUCAAGACCAAGUAUGAGUGGGUUCGACAUGAGGAUUCUGUGCAUGCCCUCCGGACCACCUGGAUCUGUUGCGACACGAAGCCCUCUGCUGCGAUCGAAGCAUGUCCGUUCUGUGGUCAUUCACAACCAGACGCCACCCAUAUGGCUGGACAUAAGUAUCAGCAAUGCCGGAGCAAGCCCGAAUCUCAACGAACCUUCUACCGCAGAGACCACUUCAUUCAGCACCUACAUCACGUUCACUUUGGCAAUGUCAAGCAUCCGUCUGUACGAGUUGGCUGUCAAGCACGACUUUUGGCUGCUGAAGGGCAAAAUUUCGGCUGCAAAGAUCUUGCGAUGAAGUGGCGUCGCUUCGGUGCACCGAUGAAGCUUGAUGAUCCUAUGCUUCAUUGUGGUUUCUGUGGAAAGAAGUCAAAAGACUGGUCUGAGCGAUGCGAGCACGUCGCAGAGCAUCUCAUCGCCCGUGAACUCGAUCGUGCAGUCUGGUGGAGUGAACGUAAAGAGAAUCACCUAGAAAACCUCUACUCAGCCUCACCCUAUGAGUCGUUUCGUUGUCGGUACUGCCAGAAGGUUUUUACAGACAUCAAGGAAAUGAACAAACAUUCCCAUUGUCGUGUCUGGAGUUGCCGAUUCUUGCGCAGCUUCGAUGAUGUCGCCGCCCAGAAUGCAGGACCACCACUCUGCCCGGAAUUCCCCUCUGCAAAAGCACAUCACUGUCACCUUUGCGGGGCCGGAUAUCGAGCAGUUCACGUUGAGCAUGCACAGAACUAUCAUAGAUAUCGUUCUUGUAAUCAGGAGUUCUACACAUCGGAGGAUGCCUUCCUCCAGCAUCUACACAAUUUUCACGGUGCUUCCCAGCCUGGAUUGCUGCGUGGCAGUGGUGUUAUCGAACAGAGUUUCAUGCGUAACAAAGGGGCAUCGUUUGAACCAGUCGAGUUCAACGAAAGCUGGCAGCCGUGCGUCAUGGACCUUGACGUCGCAUCCGUCAGCCCAUUUGUAGCCGACAACAAUGCCCCAGCCUUGCCAGUUGCUCCGAAGAAGAAAGAUACACCAGCAAGAAAGUCGCUAUCAGGCCCAAAGAGACACGGCGAGAUUGCGCAGAUCCACGAUCCCAGCCCACAGAAGAUGCAGAGACAGCGCGCGAACACCACGGCAUCAAAGGCCGACACGCUCAAUCCCCGUUUCUUCCGUCUCAGUACAUAUAUACCCUUUCGCUCAUCUCGCAUCUUCUAUUCGCGCAACACGAGAUCUUCCACUUUCCAACCUGAUGAACAGGAUGUACUCGAAGAGGUGCCGAAGCCGCAUAUCGCUUCACUGGCAAUGGGAGCCGGUUUGGUCAGCAUGGCGACUGCGCGCUGGAUGAUUCGGCCGGUGAUGCAUGCCACAAAUGGCAUGGUAGAGCUUACUAUUGACGAUGAAGAAGAAUGA